CUACCCCUAGACACAAGGAGAAUCUCGGCAAAACGCGGCUGCCUGCAUUGCAUUAGGUGGUGCUUGUCUCUUCUAAAACACACUCAUACACAAAACCCUGCAAAACCCAGAAAGUGAUGUCUACGAAAGCAGGAGCAGCUCCAUCUACAUAUUCUCCUUCAACCCAAAAGAAGAAACCUCAAAAACCCACCCUCAAUCACUCUAAUGGCGUUCGUUCUGAUGGUCGUGGCUUUUACCAGUGUAGAGCUGCUUACUUGAAGACUGGGGCUGUCAAUGCUGCUGGUGGUUCUGCAUAUGCAGAAUUUGGCAACACCAAGGUCAUUGUGUCUGUAUUUGGACCAAGAGAAAGUAAGAAGGCAAUGAUGUACAGUAAUGUUGGCCGGCUGAAUUGCAGUGUCAGCUAUACACCUUUUGCUACCCAAAUUCGUGGACAGGGCUCAGAACACAAAGAGUUUUCCUCAGUGCUCCAUAAAGCUUUAGAGGGUGCAAUUUUACUGGAAUCAUUCCCCAAGACAACCGUUGAUGUUUUUGCAUUAGUAAUGGAAUCUGGUGGAAGUGAUCUCCCGGUUAUCAUAUCAUGUGCCAGUCUUGCUCUAGCUGAUGCGGGGAUCAUGAUGUAUGAUAUGGUUGCUGCUGUUUCUCUGUCAUCUCUUGGGCCAAAUCUCAUCAUUGAUCCUCUUCUAGAGGAGGAACGUUGCCAAGAUGGAAGCUUAAUGUUUACCUAUAUGCCUUCUCGUUCUGAGGUCACACAGUUGGCUAUUACUGGAGAAUGGACAACCCCAAAGAUUCAUGAGGGAAUGGAGCUCUGUUUAGAUGCCUCUAAGAAGCUUGCUGAUAUCAUGAGAUCGUGCCUGAAAGAAGCUGAUUCUCCUUCGAAUGAGUAAUUUGAACCAUUUGCAUGUAAUCACCCCCUUCUUCCCCCCAAUUAUUUUUCUGCUAAAAAAACUCUCUUUUCCAUUCAGAUAUGCUUUCUACCCAAACCAUGAUUUUUUGUUUUUUUUUUUUUUCUUUUUUCGUCUUGAUGGUAGGAAUUUCACUGUAGGAUAUUCCCCAAUUUUGUCACUAAGUUGUUAGAUACUAUUUAUUCCUCUGUAUAUACCAUACUUUCAACUGGUUUACUUUUAAUUAACAACUUUAAAAAAUAGAGAAAAUUAUCAUGUAAGCAUACAAUUUCAGUACUAGCAUAAGAAGAAAGGUUAAUAUCUGAAUUUUUUUUU